UUCCCUUCUCUGGAGCGGAAGCAGCCGCUCCAGAGGAGAGUGUCUCUGUAUUUACUCUCGCUAAUGGAUCCCGUGAGAUUUCUCAGUUCCAACAAUGGCGCAGAGAGCUCCUCCCUCUCCUCUUAUCUGUCCUUCCCCGUGAGAGGAGAAGAGCCAGAGCCUUCCCUCCCUCACGGGAAAUGCCUCUCCUUUUCAAACCCCUACGCUGCAGCUGCUCUUUCAAAUACCCUGCAGCGUCAGCUCUUCUCCGGUACUCGAUACAGUUUGGCAUUGACGUCCAUGGAUUCCAUUGUCUUCUUCUUCUUCGUCUUCUCUUUCUUCCUUUGGGCUCAUUGCCAUGGCUCCCAAACUUACAUUGUCCAGCUCCACCCACAUCACCUGGGCAGCGUCCAGAGCAAGCACCAUUGGCACUUGUCCUUUUUGGAGAAAACUGUGCUCCCGGAGGAGGAAGAUGAUGUGUCUUCUCGGCUUCUAUACUCGUAUCACGCCGCCCUCGAAGGGUUCGCAGCGCAGCUCACCGAUGACGAAGCGGUGGCCUUGAGGGGUUUGCCUGGAGUCGUCUCUGUUCGCCCCGAUCGCCGCCUCGAGCUGCACACGACCUACUCGUACAGAUUUUUAGGGUUGAACUUCGCCGCCGGCGGUGCCUGGUCGAGGUCCGGGUUUGGCCAAGGCACCAUUGUUGGGGUGCUUGACACCGGAGUGUGGCCGGAGAGCCCGAGCUUCCGCGACGACGGAAUGCCGCCGGUGCCUGCACGGUGGAAGGGCCGAUGUGAAGUGGGGCAGCAGUUCAACGCUUCUAACUGCAAUCGGAAGCUCAUCGGAGCGCGGUUCUACGCUAAGGGCCACCGGAUCAACUACCCAGACCAAAAGUCGGUUGCGGCGGGCGUGUCGUUGCUGGAGUACGUGUCGCCGCGGGAUGCGCAUGGGCAUGGCACGCACACGCUGUCCACGGCGGCCGGCGGGGAGGUGGCGGGGGCAAGCGUGCUCGGGGUGGCGGCGGGCGAUGCGCACGGGAUGGCGCCUCGCGCCCACGUGGCGGCCUACAAGGUCUGCUGGUUCAACGGGUGCUACAGCUCCGACAUACUCGCCGGCAUGGACGAUGCCAUCAGGGACGGCGUCGAUGUUCUUUCACUCUCCCUCGGCGGCUUCCCGAUCCCGCUCUUCGAGGACAGCAUCGCCAUCGGCAGCUUCCGCGCCACCGAGAGGGGCGUCGUCGUGGUCGCCGCAGGUGGGAACAACGGCCCCGUGGCGAGCUCCGUCUCCAACGAGGCGCCCUGGAUUACCACGGUGGGCGCGAGCACUCUCGACCGGCGGUUUCCUGCUUUUGUCCGCUUGGGGAACGGCAAAAUGCUCUACGGCGAGUCCAUGUUCACGGGAAACCAUUUUUCGAAAAGUGGCGGGAAGGAGCUGGAGCUCGUCUACGAGUACGGCGGGCAAACAGGGGCGGAGUUCUGCCUCAGGGGAUCUCUCUCGAAGGAAAAAGUUCAGGGGAAGAUGGUGGUCUGCGAUCGCGGCGUCAACGGCCGGGCCGAGAAGGGCGAGGCAGUGAAAGAAGCCGGCGGGGCUGCCAUGGUUCUUGCCAAUUCUGAGAUAAACCAGCAAGAAGACUCCGUCGACGUCCACGUGCUUCCGGCGACCUUAAUCGGCUACAAAGAGUCCACGAUUCUCAAGGCUUACAUGAAGUUCACGCACCGGCCGGUGGCUAAGCUGGUCUACGGCGGAACGAGGAUACGGCCGUCGCGGGCACCAGCAGUGGCGCUCUUCUCUUCGCGGGGGCCGAGCCUGACGAACCCCACCAUCCUCAAGCCGGACCUCAUCGCUCCGGGAGUCAACAUCAUCGCGGCAUGGCCGAGCAACAUCGGGCCGUCCGGUCUACGUGAAGACAGGCGGCGGUCCAACUUCACCGUGCUGUCAGGGACGUCGAUGGCGUGCCCGCACGUGGGUGGCAUCGCCGCGCUGGUACGGGCGACGCACCCAACGUGGACUCCGGCGUCCGUUCGAUCGGCGAUGAUGACUACCGCUGACGUGGUGGACCACCUCGGGAAGCCCAUCAUGGACCUGGACGGGAAGGCGACCGUGUUCGCCAUGGGCGCCGGCCACGUCAACCCGGCGCGCGCCGUCGACCCGGGCCUGAUCUACGACAUCGAACCAGACGACUACAUCGCCCACCUCUGCUCGAUCGGCUACAACCAGAACCAGGUGUUCGCGAUCACGCAUAGGAACGUGAGCUGCGGCGAGCUCCUACGCUGGCGCAAGCACUUCAGCCUCAACUACCCCUCGAUCGCUGUUUCUUUCAAAGAAGGGAGGAGGUUGCUGAUGGUGCAGAGGAGGGUCACCAACGUCGGCCUCCCGAACUCGAGGUACACUGUGCAAGUUGCGCCGCCGGCCGGGGUGGCCGUGAGAGUGGCACCGGCGACUUUGACAUUUAAUGAGAUCAAUGAGAGCAAGAGCUACACUAUCUUGAUGGAGUCCAUGAAAAAUGAGCGAGGAAGGCAUGCAGAAGGGCAGCUGGUAUGGAUCCAUGCAAAUUACAAAGUAAGAAGCCCAAUUUCCGUAACUUGGGAAGCAUGAAGAAGAAGAAGAAGACGAAGAAGAAGAAGAAGAAGAAAAUUUGAUAGAUUUUACUGCUUUAUAUUGAAUUCGAUUCCACUUCUUUAUUUCUGUAUAAAGAAGAAAAAUUGCACGUGUAGGCCUGUGGCAACAGCCAUAGAUUGCCAAAGAGCCAUCUUAAAUCAAUCAUUUACAUCUUAAAUUUCCCUGA